AUGACUGUUGAGCCAACUUCGGUAGAAGUGCAACCUGUCCCGGGUCCAAUAGCAAUACCGAAAGGAUCUUGCCCGACACCGAAUGAUCAGUCAGACAAGAAUCGAACAGAUGUGCUUUUCUUGCUGGAUUCAUCCAAUUCUUACAACCAGCAGAAGUUUAUGCAUGCUAUACAACUGCUAAUGGAUACUGUGAAACACUUCAGAAACAUUGGGCCGAAUGGAACUCAGGGUGAUCGUCCUGACGCAGAGAAUGUGCUUGUGGUGCUGACAGAUGGACAGUCAGAUGAUAAAAUACAGGAGCCUGUCGAGAUAGCCAAGAAAAACAAUGUGACUGUCUUAGUAAUUGCGACGGUGGAGGCAAACCCUAAUUACAUCAUGGAACUUGCAGGAAAUAUGGACAACGUGUUCCGCUUCCAUACAGAU